AGAGCCGGAUGUGCAGCUCCCACUCCGGCUCCCUUAACUUUGCGGUGAAGUUGAGUGUGGCAGCUCAUCUUUUCGAGUGACCCAGGGGCAGGAGGGGUGUACAGCAAGUCCCCGCACAUCUUUUCUUUCGGAUAAGACACGAACUAACUAAGUCAUCGUCCGGGGAAAGGCACUCUCUGAAACAUGGCUGCUCUCUCAGCCUGGUUUUGGAACGAGAGGUUUUGGCUGCCACACAAUGUAACCUGGGCGGAUCUGGCAGACCCAGCUCCCGGGGUGGAGUACCCCAAAGCUGGACACUUGUUGAACGCCUUGCCGCUUGCUCUGGGAAUUUUCGCCGUCAGGAUACUCUUCGAAAGAUUUAUUGCCAGCCCCUGUGCCUGGAGUCUCCACAUUCAGCCAGGUGUUUUACGACAAGCUCAGCCCAAUGCAGUGCUGGAGAAAGUGUUUACAUCCAUCACAAAGAAUCCAGACUCUCGCCAUCUGGACGGCCUGUCCAAGCAGCUGGACUGGGAGGUGCGAAAGGUCCAGCGUUGGUUCAGACACCGCAGGAACCAAGAUAAACCCAGCACACACACUAAGUUCUGCGAGAGCAUGUGGAGGUUUACAUUUUAUUCGUGCAUAUUUACCUAUGGGUUUCGGUUUCUGUGGCAGUCUCCUUGGAUUUGGGAUACACGGCAUUGCUGGUACGGUUACCCCUAUCAGGUCAUGACUCCUCAUCUAUACUACUACUAUGUGACAGAACUGGCCUUUUACUGGUCGCUCAUGUUCUCCCAGUUCACCGACAUUAAAAGGAAGGACUUCCUGAUCAUGUUCAUCCAUCACCUGGCUACAAUCAGCCUGAUCAGCUUUUCCUACGUCAACAACAUGGUGCGAGUUGGGAGCCUCGUCAUGUGUGUCCACGAUUCCUCAGACUUCCUGCUAGAGGCAGCCAAGCUGGCAAACUACGCAAAGACCCAGCGCUUGUGUGACUUCCUCUUCAUUGUGUUUAGUGUGGUAUUCUUCAUCACACGACUUGUUAUUUAUCCAAUAUGGAUCCUGAACUCCACUAUGUUUGAGAGCUGGGCCAUAGUCGGGCCGUACCCGUCCUGGUGGCUCUUCAACUUCUUACUGCUGGUCCUCCAAGUGCUGCACAUCAUCUGGUUCUACCUCAUAGCCCGGAUAGCUGUCAAAGCCAUGCUGCGGGGCAAGGUGUGCAAUGAUGUCCGCAGCGACAUUGAGAGCAGCUCGGAUGAUGAGGUCGACACGCCCACAGAAGGCCUCAAGGCUUCUCACACUCCCAAAGGAGAAAACGGCACUAACGGCCACUGUGCUGCUGCUAAAGCCCGCCUGCAGAACCACAGCAGCUGGUGACAUGGAGCCCCCUGCAGUUCAUCCCUGCAACAAGAGCUGUUUGUCCCAUGACGCUCUUGACAUGCGAGGCUCACCUACAUUCACUCACACACACACACACUCAUUCUGCUAUCACACUGACUGAUUCAUUCGUCGGUGAACCGAUGGUGGAUACACAGACACUGACAUCUGCUUUGGGAGCCCAGUAAUGACACGUAUGACAGAAAACUGAGAUGGAAAUCAGUUGAAGCAAAUAAUUUGCAUAGCCUUAUUUUUCAAACAAUGGGGAUUUAUUUGCUGCCACGUGUUGGUUGGUUUCAAUGUUCCCUCCCAGUUUUAUUGGUCAGAGGAACUUGAUUUUAUUUGAUUUCAGGAUUAAUUCACACCAAACCGCAAAGGGCAGAAAACUGUGAUGACGCAGCAGGUAUUAUAGAUAUAAAUAACUGUGUUCUAGCUGUGGUUUUAUCAGCUCUUUAUAAAAGGGCGCCUGCUGUGUUUUUGACCAAAAGUGCACUUCAACAGUUAAAAUAGUGUCAGUUCUGUCCUUUGCGAUUUAUUGUGGGUUUAUCUUUUAACCAUACCGUUUGUAAUAUGUUUAUUUCUGUUUUACUUUUUUUUUUUUUUACUACUUCUUCUGAGACCAAAUCUUUAUGAACUAGUUUGAUGUCACUGCCUUUAGAGGAAUCCAGGUAUGAGGACUGUACUAACUGUCUGGUAUCAAGUUCUCACUUGAGUGCCUUGUAAAAAUGUACUUCAAAAUAUAUUCUGUUGUGGAAACAUG